ACAGAGAAUCUAAUGAGACAGCUGAAUCCCAAAGCACGAAAAACGACAGUCGUUCUACGAACAAUGGGUCAGGAACGACUUGUAAAGAGUUACGAACUCAAAGGAUUGGAGAUAGGACAUUUAGAUGGCAGUACUUACAUUGACCUACCUCAGGUGUACACACAGAGUAAGAUUCCUGUCUCAAAAGAAAAUGUACCUACCCAAAAGGAUCUGGAAAGAUGGCCUUAUCUAAGUGACAUACAGCUGAGAGAAAUUGAUGCUGACAUAGAGCUUCUAACAGGAGUUGAUGUUCCUAAGGCAAUGGAACCUUGGGACAUAAUAAGAAGUCAAGGAAAUGGACCAUAUGCAGUCAGGACACUGUUUGGAUGGGUGGUGAAUGGACCACUCAACGCUUGUACUGCUGUGGAAUCCGGACCUGUGGUCACAAUGGUCAACAGAACAUCAGUAGCCAACCUGAAUGAUCUCCUCAUCACACAAUACAAUCAGGACUUCUCGGAAAAAGAUUAUGAAGAGAAGAAGGAAAUGUCAGGUGAAGACAAAAGGUUCAUGGAGAUAGCAUCAAGCUCAGUAGAACUCAAGGAGGACCCAGAGGUUAGAAAGGACGUAGCAGUUAACAGUUUGAGUGUCCACGAAACCAACCCAACCAGCAAACUGUUUGAGUAUUACUCAUCAUGGAGCAGACUGCAGAGAGGGGUUGCUUGGAUACUUAAAUUAAGGGGAAUUCUUCUUCUGCUAAAUCAAAGAAGGAAAUCUGCAAAGGCUGACCUUGCCCCAGAUGGGACUCUUUUGAAAUCCUUAAAGGACAAAAUGAACAAGCUAAAGUUGACAUUUGGAUCACAACAUCUGUCUGUGGAGGACAUUAGAGAAGCUGAAAGGUCAAUAAUUCACUCCGAGCAAAGACGUCACUUCUCUCAGGAACUUGCACUUUUGGAGAAGGGAAGGCAAGUAAGAGCAAGCAGCUCUAUCAGGAAGCUGGACCCAAUCUUAGUUGAAGGCAUGCUAAGAGUGGGAGGACGAAUUAGCAAAUCAGCAAUGCCAAUGGAUCUGAAGAACCCCAUUAUCCUGCCCAGAGACUCUACUGUAUCCAAACUGAUCCUGGGCCACAUCCAUCAGCAGAUUGGACACUCGGGGAGAAGCCACAUGCUCUCAAGACUAAAUCAAAGAUUCUGAUUGCCUCGUGCUAACUCGGCAGCCAGAAAGAUAAUCAGAGCCUGUGUUUUCUGCCGAAGAAUGCUAGCCACAGUUGGAGAGCAGAAAAUGGCUGACCUCCCAGAGGAUCGGGUGUCUCCAGAUCUACCACCUUUUACUCAUGUUGGUAUCGACUUCUUUGGACCCCUGGAGGUUAAACGAGGCAGAGCAAAUGUAAAACGUUGGGGAGUGAUCUUCACCUGCCUUGUGAGUCGUGCCAUACAUCU